AUGCUGACAGGCGAUGCCGUGGGAAUCGCAAAAGAAACAGCGCGACAGCUUGGUCUUGGCACCAAUAUUUACAAUGCAGAACGCCUUGGAGUCACCGGCGCGGGCGAGAUGUCUGGUUCGGAGGUCAAUGAUUUUGUUGAAAACGCCGAUGGAUUCGCGGAGGUCUAUCCUCAGCACAAAUUCAGUGUUGUGCAGAUUCUCCAAAGCAGAGGAUACCUAGUGGCCAUGACUGGUGACGGUGUCAAUGAUGCUCCAUCCCUGAAGCAGGCCGACACCGGUAUUGCCGUCGAAGGCGCUUCGGACGCUGCUCGAUCUGCCGCCGAUAUCGUAUUUGUGGCUCCUGGUCUUUCUGCAAUUAUCGAUGCACUGAAAACAUCCCGUCAAAUCUUUCACCGCAUGUACGCAUAUGUGAUCUAUCGCAUUGCGCUUUCUCAACAUCUGAUGUGGUUCUUCGGGUUGUGGAUCGUGAUCAGGAAUGAAGUGCUGGAUCUGCGCCUGGUGGUUCUGCUAGCCAUAUUCGCCGACAUUGCCACACUGGCUAUCGCAUAUGAUAACGCCCCGUAUGCCCCUGAACCUGUCAAAUGGAAUCAACCGAAGUUGUGGGGCAUUGCCGUGAUCUUAGGAGGAGUUUUGGCUGCAGGAUCCUGGACUGCAUUCGGCACCAUGAUCGUUCGUGGCGAGGAUGGAGGUGUUGCUCAGAACUACGGAGCUCGUGAUCCAAUUCUGUUUCUCGAGAUUGCACUUACACAGAACUGGCUAAUUUUUAUCACGCGGCUCCAUGGAGGUUUCUGGGACUGGAGAAGCAGGCCAUCAAUCCAGUUAGUCGGUGCUGUGCUAGCAGUCGACAUCGCCGCCACGUUGAUGGUUAUAUUCGGCGCUUUUGUCAACAGAAACACACACGUGGUCACUGUCGUUCGAGUGUACGUCUUCUCCCUCGGUGUGACUCUCAUAUGCAGCCUGGUGUAUACAACUCUACAUAAAUCGAAAACGUUUGACAAUCUCAUGCACGGUCGCCUGCCAGGGGGCCGACGCCGCGAGAGGUCUUGGGAGGAUUUCAUGGUAUCAUUGCAACGGGUUUCUUCGCAGCAUGAGGAGAAGGAAAAGGCGCCAUGA